AUGCGGGGAGGCUGUGAACUUGCAGUUGCUUUGGUUAUAGACAAGCAGUCCUCGACAGAUGUGUCACUGCAUGCUGAAACCAAAUGCAAGAUAUGGGAAAAGUUUCAGCUGAAUAGCUUAUAUAAAAAAGGAGAUAUUAUCUUAGGUGGAACAUUCAUUUUAAACUUUAAAACAAUACCUCCAGACUUAAGCUUUACUUCUAAACCCGAAAACUGGAAAUGUGAUGGUUUUGAGAUUUCUGUUUUCCAGCGGGCGCAGGCAAUGAUCUUUGCAAUUGAAGAAAUUAACAAAAAUCAGACAUUUUUACCAAACAUAACAUUAGGCUACAGAUUAUAUGAUGAUUGUAAUAAUGUGCAAGUGGGCCUUAGAGCUACCAUAGCGCUGACCGGUGGCCUUGAAGAUGACAUCACUGAUUAUAACUGCAAGGAAUAUCCUCCUGUUCUGGCAAUAGUUGGAGAUCCCAAUAAACAAGAUUAUCCAACAUUCUUCAGGACAAUUCCAAGUGAUAGAUUCCAAGUAAAAGCUAUUGUUCAAAUAAUUAAACAUUACAGAUGGACUUGGAUUGGCGCUAUUGCAACAGAUGAUGACUAUGGGCAGAAUGCUCUCAAGGAUUUCAUUAAAGAAAUACAAACGAUUGGCUGUAUUGCAUUUACAGAAACUAUCCCCAUUGUUAACGAGAAGGUAACAUUUCUUAAGAUUGUCUCUACUAUUAAAAAAUCAAGUGCAAAUGUCAUUGUUGUGUUUUCAUCUGAAGAAGAAUUAAGCGCUUUGGUUAAGGAAGUUGUGCAGCAAAAUAUCACAGGAAGGCAAUGGAUUGCAAGUGAAUCAUGGAGUACAUCAGCAGUCCUGGCUGUCAAGGAGAACUUUGUUUCCUUUGGUGGCACAAUAGGCAUUGCAAUCCGCAAAGGAGAAAUUCCAGGUUUUAAAGAAUUUCUUCAGCAAAGUAAUCCUAAUUUAAAUUCACAAAGUAAUCUAAUGGUUGAAUUUUGGGAGUCUUUAUUUCAAUGUAAAUUUCAAAAUGCCACAAAUCAAAAUAACUUUUCUUCAAAAGUGUGCACAGGAUCAGAGGAUAUCAAAACAACAAAAACAGCCUAUAAUGAUGUAAAUUUAAGGCUGCCUUAUACCGUGUACAAAGCAGUAUAUGCCAUAGCACAUUCACUUCAUGACUUGAUGGCAUGUAAAACUGGUGAGGGGCCAUUUCUUAACAACUCCUGUGCCAACAUCCGAAAUGUUCAGCCAUGGCAGCUUCUAUAUUACUUGAAAAAAGUUAGUUUUGUAAACCAUCUUGGGGAAAGAGUAACUUUUGAUGAAAACGGGGACCCUCCUGCAAUAUAUGAUAUAGUCAAUUGGCAGCUAAGCAAUGAUGAAUCAGUGGAUUUCAAAAUUGUUGGCCUUUUUGAUGAAUCACUAAGGAAUGGAAAAGAGCUGUCACUUAAUGAAAACAACUUUUUUUGGAACUUUGCUACUGGAACGGUUCCAGAAUCUGUUUGCAGCAAAAGCUGCCUGCCAGGUACAAGAAAAGCUACCCGCAAAGGGGAACCAAUUUGUUGUUUUGAUUGCAUUCCAUGUGCAGAUGGAGAAAUCAGCAGUCAGAAUGAUUCCACAGAAUGCUUCAAGUGUCCACCUGACUAUUGGUCAAACCAUGAAAGAAGUGAAUGUAUUCAGAAAGAAAUUGAAUUUCUUUCAUAUGAUGAUGCCAUGGGAAUAACACUAACAGCAACUUCAGCACUUGGAGCCUGUCUAUCACUAAGUGUGCUUGCAAUUUUCAUCCACCACAGACACACCCCGGUAGUCAAAGCCAACAACUCUGAGCUCAGUUUCCUGUUGCUGGUGUCACUCACACUUUGCUUCCUCUGUGUUUUGUGUUUUAUUGGAAAACCUUCAGAAAUAACAUGCACAAUAAGACAUGUGGUGUUUGGCCUUAGCUUUGCUGUGUGCAUAUCUUGCAUUCUUGUUAAAACUAUUGUUGUAAUUAUGGCCUUUAAGGCUACACUUCCUGGCAAUAAUAUGGUCAAAUGGUUUGGUACUUCUCAACAGAGAGGCACUGUGUUCUUCACAGCCUUCAUUCAAUCCAUUAUAUGUUUAGUAUGGCUUACAACUGCCCCUCCUGUUCCAAAUAAAAAUACAAAGUACCAAAAUUCCAAAAUUAUAUUUGAAUGCCAUGUGGGAUCUUUGAUUGGUUUUAGUUGCCUUUUGGGAUAUAUUGGCUUAUUGGCUUGCAUUUGUUUUCUGUUAGCUUUCCUUGCUAGAAACCUACCAGAUACCUUCAAUGAAGCCAAAUUCAUCACAUUCAGCAUGCUCAUCUUCUGUGCGGUCUGGAUAACGUUUGUACCUGCUUAUAUCAGCUCUCCUGGAAAACAUACUGUAGCAGUGGAGAUAUUUGCAAUUUUGGCCUCAAGCUUUGGUCUUCUGUUUUCAAUCUUUGCUCCCAAAUGUUAUAUCAUUCUUCUUAGACCAGAACUAAAUACAAAGAAAGCGUUAAUGGGGAAAGCAAGUCAAAAUAUGUGA